AUGUGUAAGUGCCCAAUGCUGAAGCAGGUAGAUGCUGAAAUUUAUGGACAAAUGAGGGGGACUCCGAAUAUGCCCUCGAACAAAAUUCCCAACUUUGGUUCCCUGGAUAUCGAUUAUGGAAAUAAUUGCACGAAGGUCACAAUAACCUGUAACUAUCCAAGAUUCACAAGACAUCGUUCAUCGGUGUAUUACACAAAUGGAGCGAAUUUCUCCACAGUUCGCCGGUAUGACCUCGCGGAUAAGUACAGUAUUCGAUGCAAUCAAAUAACUGGAGUAUGGUUAUCAGAUGAGAACUCAGAGAUCACUUAUAUUCAAUGCGCUUAUCGUCCAAUGUUGGUCAACAAAGUUGUCACUGGAAUCUGGGAAGAAUUUGUUCGCUUUUGUGAGAUGGUGGUCAAGGUGAUCAGAACAAACUUUGGAUUCGCCAAGUUUAUUGUUGGAUAUGAUUAA